UGGUGAUGUUGGUGCUCGCCUGUUUCAUUAGAUCAUCUCGUUCGACAGCACACCGGCAAGUCGGCCCGCGAAAGGAAGAGAAAGAACCUGUCGCGAAUUUAGAAAAUCGUUUCCGAUCCGCGACUAGAGAGGAAGAACACCUCUUUGUCAUCGCCGCCAACAUCUUGUUGAAGCUUUUCCUGUACCUGAUUUGCUUGUGUUGCAUUGCCAAAUCCAGAUUUACGACAUAUUCGGCGCAGUCCUCAUCUUCGUGUUUGAUCAUCUACAAUUGGCUGCCGAUUUUGCUGGUGAAUUCGAACAAAAUCCAGGGCAUCCGAACUUCGGACUGGAGGGUGGCCGCUAAUGAAGAGAGUCAGUUGACGGUUGUGAAAUACUGGAUUUUCUGUUAUAUCACGCUGGAGAAGAGGUGCGCGUGGCUGAGGUUCGUUGUGCAAAAAGGGUGCUACCAGAUAUUCGAGGAACCAUUACUGCCAAGCUGG